AUUUAUAAAUAUAAUAAUACAAUAAAAUGAAUUGCAAUAUGUUUGAUAUGAAUAAUUUAAUUAAAUAUUUUCUCUCUUGCACAUCGAUAAAUACAAUGGAGAUACUUCUUCAGUCUUCUCAAGAAAGUAUCGAUUAUUUGCUUAAUUUAGAAAAACAAGAGGAAAUUUUAAAAAAUACAGUAAAUAGUGAUUUAAUUAAAAAAUAUCCAAUAAAACAAUCUUAUCAAAGAGCAUUCUUAAAAUGGCUUAUGAAUAAGAUUGAAGAGAAAGAUGGUGAAAUUUGUGAUAUUAUGUAUAUUACAUAUUGUAAUUUAAUAUCUUCUACAAUCAAAGAAUCUAUUCAUUAUCGACAUUUUUUAAUAGAAAAUGAUUGUGUUAGUAUAAAAGAAAGCACAAAUAUUAUAUCAGAAGGUACAACAGGAUUAUGUAGUUGGCAGGGAGCUAUAGAAUUAAGUAAAUGGUGCAUGAAAAAUAAGAACAAAUUCUAUGGAAAAGUUGUUUUAGAACUAGGUUGUGGAGUUGGAUUAACAGGAUUGUGUAUUAUUAAAAAAUGUUUUCCCAAACAAUAUAUAUUUACAGAUUGUCACAAAAUUGUUCUUAAAAUGGUUUCUGAAAAUAUUAAAUUUAAUUUAUUAAAUAAUGAAAACAAAAUACAACCAGAAUUAAAAUAUGAUGAUAGAUUAAAAUUACAAUUAAAAUAUAAUUAUACAGAUGUUAAAGUAAUGGAAUUAAAAUGGGAAGAUAUUAAUAAAUAUGUGAAUGAACAAUGGACUGUACCUGAUAUUAUAAUUGGAGCUGAUAUUUUAUAUGAUGCCAAAUCAUUUUAUGAAUUAAUAUUAGGAUUAAAAAAAUUAUUGUCUUUUGUUAUGGAUGGAUAUGCUAUUAUUGCAGCAACAAUUCGCAAUGAAAAUACUGUUUCACAAUUUCUUUAUCAAUUAGAAAAUCACAAUCUUUCUUUUGAAGAAUAUAAUGUAUCGCAGCAAACAGUGCAUGUACAAUUAACAAAUUUACCUAUUAAAAUAUUAAAAAUUUUUUGGAAAAGAUGAUGAUAAAUUUUGAUUAAUAUUAUUAUUUUUAUUG